UCAGAGAACGCUAAAAUAAAAUAAGAGAAUAAGCGAAGAAAAGAAAUCAACAAUUUGGAUAUGUUUGUAAUUAGACAUAUUGUAAACUAAAAUUUCUAUUUGGGUUUCCUUUACAUCAAGAACGCAGCUAUUUAAUAAUUUAGUCUUUCAUAACGUUUGAGAAAAAAUCCACUAAACUGGCAGUGACAAUGGCAUCCUAUUGUGUGGCCCCUGGCUGCAGAAAUUAUGAAAAUAUGAAUGAGUCGUCCGGCAACGAGUUAUCAUUUUUUCCUUUACCGUCGAAUGAACAUUUUCGUCAGUAUUGGUUAGCUUUUAUAGGCAGCACUACUCAGAAUACAAGAAGUUGGAAAUCAUGGAGAUUAUGCUCUGAACAUUUUAUAGAAUAUGAUUUUUACACAAUUGAAGUUUCUGGUGUUGAUGGUAAACGACGUUUAAAAAAAUUCCUCAAAGAAGAAGCUGUACCCACGAUUCAUUGUAAUUCUGCACACACAAUACUUCAGACUUUCUUGGAUGACGGUAAUGGAUAUACAGGUGUUGUUUUAGGCAUUGGCCAGCCCCAAACUUCAAACAGGGGUCGCCCCUCUAAAUCAAAAGUUGAGGUAAAGAUUCCAUCAGCUAUAGGUAAUAGCAAACCUAAAACGAACUUACCUGCUUAUACUUGUGAUAUUUGUGGCUCUACGUUUAAGAUUAAAUCAUCACUAACUGUUCACAAAAGAUACCACACAGGAGAUAGACCUUACAACUGCAAUUACUGCCCUUCUAAGUUUAGAACAAGAAGUUUGUUAACAUUGCAUGAAAGAACUCAUACUGGAGAAAAACCAUACAAUUGCAAAUUUUGUGGAAAAGGUUAUGGUGCAAAAUCUAAUUUAUAUGUUCAUGAAAGAAUUCAUACUGGCGUAAAACCAUAUAAAUGUCCAUACUGUGACAAAUUAUUCAAUCAAAGGUCUUCAAUGGUUAUUCACUCAAGACGUCACAACAUUAAAGAAGAACAAGAAAAUUUUCAACAAGUUACAGUUGUACCGCAAGUUUUUUCUUGCACGAAAUGCAAUAAAGAAUUUAGCAGUGCUGCUAAUUUGGCUUCACAUACUAGUAUACACAAUGAAACCUAAUAGAUUAACUUAUUUAUUUAUCUUUAUAAUAUAACAUUACUAAUCCCUAAGAUACGUUCUCUUAAAUUCGUAAAUAAGAUACAAAUACAGUUCAGGCAUAUUAUUUGAUUUGAGUCAAAUAAUAGUUACUUAUUGAAAUUUUAGUUAAAUAUUGUUUAUAAACUAGUUUAUAAUUGAAGUUCUACAUAUUUUUUACAGUUCGAAUUUUCUUGAAAAUUUGUGCUUAAUUUUUAAUACAACUUAAAGUUGUAAAUACAUAAUUUAUGUAAUUUUUUUAUUGAACAUUUCUGUAUAAAAAGUAAAAACCAUAUUGAUAUACAUAUACUAAGUUUGUGUUAUAUUAAGCUUAAAUAAUCGAUAACUAGAACUAGGUAGAAAUAAUUUACCCGUCAAGUUGUUUGACCUCUUGAAUAAUUAAUUAAAAUUUAGGAAAAAAAAUUUACUAAAAUUUAAUUGUAUAAACAUAAUCAUCCUUUUCGGCGCGAACAUUUAUGUUGUUGUCAAAUAAAACGAAUAUCAUAUUUCUGCUUUCAACUUUUACUAAAAUUUUUGUUUGAAUAAAU